AUGGCAAAGCCAAUUGUCGAAACUUUGUAUCCCCAAAACUAUACAGAUUAUGAUAUUCUACGACUGACGAAAAUGGAAAAAUACGGAGCUGUCAUAGCAACUGCAAAAAGGGGAGAAUCUAUGUUAUUAAAUGAAAUCUUUAACGAAUUACACAUACUGGAUCAAACAAUACGUAAUAUGAGUAUUGUAUGGAAGAGAAAAAGUUACAGAUUUGCUGAUAUUUGUUGUAAAAUUGAAGGACAAUGUAUUGAAAACGACGUAUUAAAUUUGAAGACGAAAAUUACAGAAUUUCAGAAAGGAAACUUUAAAAUAAGGUAUCCAGUUAAUAUCAAUUCAGAAUCGUCAAAAGUUCAAAUUUAUACAAUAGGAUUAGGUGGUGUAACGACAGACGAACACAGUUUAGUGAAAGACUUCAAAGCAAUUCGUUUGAUAUAUUUCAUUGACAACGGCAAUCACACGAAUGAAAUUUCUACGUUGUGGGAAGAAAAUUUUCUGAAAUUAUUAAAUGAAGUAAAACUGGAAUAUGUUAAAUUCUCCGUGUUUACAGGAAAAACUAAUGAAAAGGANUGA